AUGCCGGAUAUCCGAACUCUGGAAAACAGGGAAAUGGUCAAUAAUUUUAUCGAAUCGGGUGAGCGCCUUAACGACAAACUGCGCCGCCUCCUCAAACAUUGUAAAGGCCGCAUGCUUAACUAUAAAAAAAUCAAAGGCAAACUUUACACUAAUACCGGUCCCAGGUUUGUCGACAUAUUGCUUGAGCGUGACUACGAGCUCAAUACGGAAAAGUUCAUGUCCUCUAAAUGGGACAUCGGCCGGGCAAACGGCCAACCGGAGGUCUUUUCUAUCGAAGUAAUCAAGCUAGCCGUGGUAGCAAGCCACACCGAUAAGCGCUACGAAACUCUAUGGGAGUAG